AUGUCUGCUGAAAACACUGAGCGUCCCAAGAACGCCGUUCGUGUGGGCUUCCACGGCUCUAAGUUCCUCUAUGUCGACAUUACCAAGCAUUUGCUGCAUGAUGGCGAGAAAGAGGUGAGUAUUUCAGCUCUUGGAAAGGCUAUUAACGAAGCAGUGUCUGUUGUGGAGAUGCUCAAGGACCAGCAGAUGGUUGUGGUAAAAAAGAUUAACACAUCCCGUGGCGGAGGUGAGGGCACGAGGAACACCACUGUUGACAAGAUUGAGAUCGUCGUCACAAAAGCGCCCGGGUUUAACGAGAAGUAUGAGGAGCAACAGAAGAUUCGUGAGGCGAAGAAACUUGAGAAGGAAGGGACCGAAAAGGAAAAGGCUGCUAAAUGA